AUGUUGUCCAAGAACGUGAAAUGGCCCAUUUAUUGGUCCAUUUAUUUAUAUUGGUCAUCUGUAAAAAUAAACCGUCAUUGCAUGUUGGUGUUUUGUAAAGUACCACAAUUGACAACAACAAAUGCAAACUUUGUACCCGAUAAAUUUACUGAUAUAGAAUGUUUAUGGGACAUUGAAACCGAAUUAAUAUGUGAAUAUGGUUUACCGUAUACAUAUACUACAUUUCCCACUUGCCACUCGGAGCUGGAAAGCACUUCUAUGGUUGUCGAUAAAACUACAUCAGAUUCUAUGUUCUGGGAAGAAUUGAGUUCGUUCAACAAUCAAUUUAUUUCACCAGCCACAUAG